AUCUCAGCUCCCUCCACCGAGACAAUCACAACAUCCAUCCCAUGCCACUAGCUCGCAUUGUCAUUUCUGUCCAGACAGUGACAGGGCGUUUGACGGGCUGCACGUUCCAUUCCUCCACCAGUAUUGCCCUUGCUUGCUCACACAGUGCCUUCACUUCCCAUUCCGUCAGUGGCUCACAAUUGCAUCAAGUGGUCGAUCUGCCAGUCCAUAUCACCACGAGACAUCAUUUCUUUUUAAUUCUAUUUUUUGAUUCGAUCAAGAAUGGAGCUUAGAGGUGUUGGGGUUUGACCUCAGGUCAUGGCAUGGAGAUUUGGGGUUAGGGUUAAGCUUCUGGAUAGAGAGAGAAGCAAUGUUUGGUCUAUUCUACUUUUUUUCCUUCAAGGGUUAAACUGUGAUAUGAUUUUCUUCUGAAGCUUUUCAAGAUCAAUGGAGACGAUCAUCCCCAAAAUUGCAUGUGGUAAAUUCCCCUGCCACCCAGCCGGAACCUACCUUGGCUCAAGAUUUUCCGGUGCCAUUAAAUCAGGUUGUGUGCAAAUGCAGGUCUUGUGGGCCAGAAAAGCUAGCGCUUGGUGAAUGGGAACGCCAUACAGGUUCCAGAAUUAAAAGUUGGAGGACCAGUAUUCGGUUGAAAGGUUCCAUGCUGACACAAGAACACUAGAUGAUGCAGUUAGCAGAGUAUCAUGCAUGUGCAGUUUCUACCAAACCUCCAAAGCGUCCUUCCUCGAGGAAGAAGAAGUUCCUUGCAGUUUUGCAAGCUUUUCAAGAUCAGUGAAGAGGUAGUGGUAGAUGCCACUGACAAGGGAAACAUUGCGUGCCUAAUAAACCACUCAUGUAUGCGGAACUGCUAUGCAAGGAUCAUGAGUGUGCGUGAUGAUGAAAGUCGUAUUGUACUUAUUGUUAAGACAAAUGUUUUUGCUGGUGAUGAGCUAAAGUAUGAUUACUUGUUUGAUCCUGAUGAGCCUGAUGCAUUCAAUGUUCCCUGUUUACGUAAAGCUCCAAGUUGCCAGAAAUUGCAAGGAGUACUAACUCAACCCCAAACCUGCAGGAUCUCAGUCAUGCAAGAUUUGUCCUUAUAUAUAUAUAUAUAUAUAUAUAUAUAUAUAUAUAUAUAUAUAUAUAUAUUUUACUCCUUUUAGACAAUCUUUGAGCUUCAUAAAUGUUAUAGGUUUGCCUGCUGUUUUAAUUCAGGCAGUUGUGUAAAUUUGUCGACUCACCUUCGUUCUCUUAUAAUUAAAAGCUAACCUAUUUUCAUUGUUAGUUGGAGUUUUUCAUUGGAAGUCAUGCACUCAUUCAGACAUUCAAAUUACUGGAUUAAUUGUUCCGUAAUAUGAGA